GUGUCAUGACGGACAAAAAGAGAGACUUUAUUCUGGACCUUCUGCAAAUAAACGACUUUGGCAGCCUGAUUCUGGUCUUCUGCCUGUCCAUGCUGGUGGGUCUCCUGGUCGGGACGCUAAUCUACAUCCUGCUGACGUGGUUGGCACGGCGACGGGCCUCGGCCCACAUCAGCAGGCGGACGCGUGCCUCCCCCCGUAGCCCGCACCGCGACCGGUUCGGCUUCUUCCGCCACAGCGGUGCCAGCUUGGCCAGCGCCACUUUCGGGCUGUACCGCCGGGCCUCGCUGGAGGGGGACGACCCGGAGGGCGGCGAUCCCAGCUUCCGGGCCGCCAUCUUCCACCCGCUGCUGCCGGGCGACCCUGUCGCCCACGACAACGAGCGUACCGGCAGGACCCCCCCGGUUCGGAUGUCCUCCUUCCGGACCAAUAACACCCCGCUGAAGCCCCCGCCGGUUGCCUUGACGGCCCCGCCCCCCUACGAGAGCGUCCUUCUCGCGUUCCAUGACACGUGCCCCGCCCCAGCAGCGAGGAUUGUGGGAAGCACAGACUGACCCCCCUCCUGGAUUCACUGAAAAGCACCACGGUCCCCUUAAGGGAAAGCGUGACUCACUCAAGAAAGCUCAAACCUUCUCAUAUUAGUACGGCUCUGUGUUGUGUUAACAGUGAAUCCUGGAUUCAGUUCAAAACAAUCAAGUCAUCUUGAGGGAAAAAAGUUG